ACAUUUGUAAGAUGCCUUUGACCGCGCUUACCAUUGCUUUUUGGAGAUAAAACAAAUAAAUUGUACAUAAAUAAACCAACAAAAUUUUUGGGAAACACUCUGGGAUCACCAUAGCGACCACCGAAGCAAGUUCAAUAAAUCAAUUGGCCUGUACAAAUAUUCGGUUUUAAAUGUAAGAAACAUAUCCAGCGAGGCGGAAUUGUUUCUAAAAAGGCUGAACAUGAGCUCUUCCAACAAGAAACGAGUAAAAGUAUAUGCGAGGUUUCGUCCAACGUCUAAAUUUUCGCAUGACAACAUAUCAUUUGACAAAGAUGGGAAAGUUAUUAACAUACAUGCACGUAAAAACGUAAGCUCGGAAGUGGUAAACAACCAACUGCUUAACUGGUCAUUUAGAGUGGACGGCAUACUCCACAACGCAAGUCAAGACCAGGUCUAUGAUACGGUAGCAUCUGACAUGACCUUAAAUACACUGGAAGGUUUCAACAGCACCCUUCUAGCUUAUGGACAGACUGGUGCUGGCAAGACUUUCACAAUUACAGGUGCCACUGAAAACUACAAGCACAGGGGGCUUAUACCCAGAGCAAUUGCCCAAGUUUUUCGCUCUGUAGAAGAAAGGAGUGAUCAUGCUGUUCAAAUACAGAUUUCCUAUUUCGAAAUCUACAACGAAACUAUGUUUGACUUGCUUUCUACUCUUCCUGAAUCUGAAACAGCUUCAACCUACGACAGUAAGUUGACAAUCGUGGAAGGGGAAGAUGGGUCAGUCUGCAUUAAAGGUCUUUCCAUGCACCAAGCUAACAAUGAAGGAGAAGCGUUGAAUUACCUAUUUGAGGGGGAAACAAAUCGAGCAAUAGCAUCUCACGCUUUGAACAAAAACUCGUCCCGUUCUCACUGUAUCUUCACAAUUCAUGUCAGGUCUAAAUCUCGCACUGAGUCAAACGCUAAAUAUAUUCAUUCAAAGCUUAACUUGGUAGACCUUGCUGGGUCGGAGAGAAUUGGAAAAACUGGCUCUGAUGGUUUAAUUAAAAGAGAAGCAAUGUACAUCAACAAAUCACUCACAUUCCUAGAGCAGACAGUAAUUGCUCUCGCUGAUAAAAAUCGUGAACAUAUCCCGUUCCGACAGACUAAAUUGACCCAUGCUCUCAAGGACUCAAUUGGUGGCAAAUGCUUCACGACUAUGAUUGCUAAUGUGUAUGGGGAAGCUUCACAGCUGGAAGAGACAGUUUCAACACUUAGAUUUGCUCUUAGAAUGAUGAGGAUUCCAGUUCAGCCUGCUAUUACUGAGCACUAUGAUCCAUGGUUGCUGGUUCAAGAGAUGGAAAAGGAAAUCAUGCAUUUAAAGCAGGAACUUGAGAUGAACAACACGCUGGCGAAUCGUUCUCAAAUCAGUUACGAUAUGCUGUCUGAGAGUCAGAUUGCUGAUAUAAAUAAGCAGGUGCGUAUGUAUCUGCAGAGGAAAACAACUGAAAUCGAUGUUCGUAACCUCAGGCAGAUGAACAUGGUUUUUGAGCAGUUUCGGAAUGUGAUAACUGAGAUGGAACAGGAUAUAAAGGACCGCUUUAGGAGCAAGUUUGUUCUGUUGGAUAAAAGUGAUUCAGAGGCUCUUAUUGCUCUUCAGAAGGCUGGGAUUCCUCUGGAUGAGGAUGGAAACUAUCUUGGAUCAACUGAUGCCCUUCCAGUGUUGACCGGAAGAAGUGGAGAAACAGGAACUACUCAGCAAGCCGCCGCACAUGGAGGAGGGAAGCAAAAGCAUCCAACAUCCCCUAAAAGAAGAAGCGGGAAGAAAUCAAGAGCAGGAGGAAGUCCCACCCACAGAGCUCCGAUAAGUCCAUCUCUGCCUGCACCGGGAGAUCACGGGCCUAAAGGAAUUAAAAGUGGUGCUGCUCACAGUCAGGUUGUUACUGCUCAAACUGAUGGAGCUGAGUCAACAAAAAAAGACGAGUGUUCAGUUUCUGGGGAGUUGUUGGUGGAUGACAGGAGCCAUAGUCGUCCAAGUACUCCUCCUCCAAGGCCUGUUGCAUUUGAGAAUUUCAAAAAGGAACAGGGGUGUGAGAUCUAUAGGAUUCUCAAUGAAAACAAGAGCCAUCUGCAGAGUAAGAAGCAGAUUGUGCAUAACUUGGCGCAUGCAGUCAAUGCAACUAAACAUAUGAUUGAUGGAACUCGUAUGGCUUUGGAGCGAAAACAGAACGAGAGAUAUGAGCAAGGGGAGUUUGUAAAUGAAGAGGGUGAGACUGUGAUUGACGAGGAAGAGUUUCAACUCAUAACUCAACUGAAGAAUCUCAAGCAAACUUAUCGGCAUGAUUAUGAAGAGUUAAGAAACGUGAAAUCGGAAAUCGAUUACUGCCAGAAACUCGUGAAGCAAUGCACUCAACGCCUUGUUUUAGAGUUUGAUAACUGGUACAGUGAAUCUUACAUGCAAAAAAAUGGAGAAGCAAACCCAUUGAGCUGGAGCGUACCGAAACCAGGAGUACAGCAUCCUAUGCGUCUUCAACUUGCCAACAUCCCUCUGAGCUCUGAAGAUGAGCAGGACAAGUUCCAGAGGCUUCAGGAGACAAUGUUGGGAGACCAAGAAGAGAUUGCUUUCCAAAACGCCAGAAUGAGAGUCCAUCGCCGAAAAGUAAACGAACAAGCAAUGAACCAAGCCCAACCUGCAAGGAGGCUGGCUGGUGGAUUUAUUGAGACAAACGUCCGAAACAAGCCGCCCAACCAGAUGUCCUAUGUUAUGUAGUUUAAAACUGUUUGAUUUUCGAUUAUUUUUUCAGCUUGCAACAUAUAUUAUUUCGCAUAUUUUAAAUUUUCGGUACACCGUUUUGUUUUUUAAUCAAAAAUGAUUAGUUUUCCUAACUCAGAACACACUUUAUUUGACAAAGUUUUGUACUAAAUAACAGUAUUUAGAUAAAAACUGUACGUUUCUGUAUUAAUAUUUAUUGCAAAAAAAAGAAGGUUAAAUUUUAUACUGUACUAAUACAAUUUUGUAAUUUAAGUUAUGAACAACAUACAAAACUCAGUAUUUUAUUGUGCAUUGUGCUCCUUCCAUUUUAG